CCCACAUCGACGCAAAACCAUGACCACCACUAACUCCCUCCACCAACAUUACUCUCUCCUCAAAAGCCUCUCCACCUCAGAAUCCAACCACCCUCCUCCUCCCUCCUUCCUCUUCCUCCACCCCACCACCACCACCUCCACCGCCAUAACUACCACGACGACCACCUUCUCUCUUUCCCCUCCAACUUCUUCCACCACUUCCACCUCCCCAACUUCCCAACCUAUCUCCUUCGACACCCUCCAACACCACCUCUCCACUCGAAACUUCUUCCAUGCCGACGAGGAAACUCGCCGCCUCCUCAUCGUACUCGCCGGUGAGGCCGCUCAGAAACGCGGCUACGUCUUCUUCUCCGAGGUGCAGUUCAUCGCCGAAGCCGACCUCAAAGCCAUAGACGAACUCUGGAGACAGUACAGCAACGACAUAUUCGGGUACAGUAUCCAGAAAAAGCUAUGGCAAAAGGCCAACAAGGACUUCACUAAGUUCUUCCUCAAAGUCGGGUGGAUGAAGAAACUGGACACGGAGAUCGAGCAAUACAAUUACAGGGCUUUCCCGAGUGAGUUCACGUGGGAACUCAGUGACGAAACCCCCGACGGUCAUCUUCCAUUGACGAAUGCUCUGAGAGGAACUCAGUUGCUCAACAGUAUCCUCAGCCAUCCAGCUUUUGAAGCUGAAGAAGAUGAAAAAGCAGCUGAAAACGAAGCCAAAGGAAGCUCAAGAGAUGGUGUCUAUGGUACUAAGCCACUCGGCAGCUUGUUUCCUAAACCAUAUUAUAGCUUUUAAUCAGGUUCUUUAAUGGCGUC